AGAGAUCUUAGAGCUGCGGUAGGGAACCGCUGAGGCGAACUGCUGAAGGGAACCUUCCCAGCAUGGACGACCCCGCGGCGCCGGGGCCCGCCGGCUCUCCUGCUAAUGACAACGGCAACGGCAACGGGAACGGCAACGGGAACGGUGGCAAAGGGAAGCCGGCCGUGCCCAAGGGCAGGGAAACGUUCCGCAACCAGCGGCGGGAGUCGGAGGGCUCUGUGGACUGCCCUACUCUGGAGUUUGAAUAUGGAGAUUCAGACGGGCAUGCAGCAGAAUUGUCAGAAUUAUAUAGCUACACGGAGAACCUGGAAUUUACCACUAACAGGAAGUGCUUUGAAGAAGAUUUCAAGACUCAAGUGCAAGACACUAAGGAAUGGCUGGAGUUGGAAGAAGAUGCCCAAAAGACCUAUGUGAUGGGACUUCUGGACCGACUGGAGGUGGUCAGUAGGGAAAAACGGCUUAAGGUGGCCCGGGCUGUUCUCUAUCUAGCUCAAGGCACUUUUGGGGAAUGUGAUUCCGAGGUUGAUGUGCUACACUGGUCCAGGUACAAUUGCUUCCUGCUCUACCAGAUGGGGACCUUCUCAGCCUUCCUGGAGCUACUCCACAUGGAAAUCGACAACAGCCAGGCCUCUAGCAGUGCCCUUCGGAAACCAGCUGUCUCCAUUGCUGACAGCACUGAGCUCAGGGUACUUCUGAGUGUCAUGUACCUAAUGGUGGAAAAUAUCCGCCUGGAGCGAGAAAUAGACCCCUGUGGGUGGAGGACAGCCCGAGAGACCUUCCGAACUGAACUGAGUUUCUCCACACAUAAUGAAGAGCCUUUUGCACUCCUGCUGUUUUCCAUGGUUACCAAAUUCUGCAGUGGCCUGGCCCCCCACUUUCCAAUAAAGAAGGUUCUGCUUCUGCUCUGGAAGGUGGUCAUGUUUACCCUUGGUGGAUUUGAGCACCUUCAGGCUCUCAAAAUACAGAAGCGUGCAGAGUUGGGCCUGCCUCCACUAGCUGAGGACAGCAUCCAGGUUGUAAAGAGCAUGCGUGCUGCCUCCCCGCCUUCUUACACUCUUGAUCUGGGGGAGUCUCAGCUGGCCCCUCCACCCUCCAAGCUGCGGGGUCGCCGUGGUUCUCGAAGGCAACUCCUCACCAAGCAAGACAGCCUGGACAUCUACAAUGAAAGGGAUCUCUUCAAGACUGAGGAACCAGCCACAGAGGAGGAAGAAGAAUCUGCGGGUGAUGGAGAACGAACCUUGGAUGGAGAGUUAGACCUGCUAGAACAGGAUCCUCUGGUGCCACCUCCACCCUCACAGACACCUCUCUCUACUGACCGGGUAGCCUUUCCCAAGGGCCUGCCCUGGGCCCCGAAGGUUAGACAGAAGGAUAUUGAACACUUCUUGGAGAUGAGCAGAAACAAGUUCAUUGGAUUCACUCUGGGGCAGGACACAGACACCUUGGUUGGAUUACCUCGACCCAUCCACGAGAGUGUGAAGACUCUAAAGCAGCACAAGUAUAUCUCCAUUGCAGAUAUACAGAUAAAGAAUGAAGAGGAACUGGAGAAAUGUCCCUUGUCUUUGGGAGAAGAGGUGGUACCAGAAACCCCGAGUGAAAUCCUCUACCAGGGCAUGCUGUACAGCCUCCCCCAGUACAUGAUUGCACUGCUUAAGAUUCUGCUGGCUGCAGCUCCCACCUCCAAGGCUAAGACAGACUCUAUCAAUAUCCUGGCAGAUGUCCUGCCCGAAGAGAUGCCCGUAACUGUUCUCCAGAGCAUGAAACUAGGCAUUGACGUGAACAGACACAAGGAGAUCAUUGUAAAGAGUAUCUCUGCCCUGCUCCUUCUACUUCUCAAACACUUCAAACUCAACCAUAUCUACCAGUUUGAAUAUGUAUCACAACAUUUAGUGUUUGCCAACUGCAUCCCCUUGAUCCUGAAGUUCUUCAAUCAAAACAUCCUGUCCUACAUCACUGCCAAAAACAGCAUUUCAGUGCUGGAUUACCCGUGCUGCACCAUCCAGGAUUUGCCAGAGCUUACUACCGAGAGUCUGGAAGCCGGAGACAAUAGUCAGUUCUGCUGGAGGAACCUCUUUUCCUGCAUCAACCUCCUGAGGCUACUCAAUAAGCUGACCAAAUGGAAGCAUUCCAGGACCAUGAUGUUGGUGGUGUUUAAGUCAGCUCCAAUCUUAAAGCGCGCUCUCAAAGUCAAACAGGCCAUGCUACAACUUUAUGUCCUGAAGCUACUAAAGAUACAGACCAAGUACCUUGGGCGCCAGUGGAGGAAAAGCAAUAUGAAGACCAUGUCAGCCAUUUACCAGAAAGUGCGCCACCGCAUGAACGACGACUGGGCUUACGGGAAUGACAUCGAUGCCAGGCCAUGGGACUUCCAAGCAGAAGAAUGUACCCUGAGGGCCAACAUUGAGGCUUUUAACAGCCGCCGAUAUGAUAAACCUCAGGACUCGGAAUUCUCACCUGUGGACAACUGCUUGCAGAGCGUGCUGGGGCAGAGGCUAGAUCUGCCUGAAGAUUUCCAUUAUUCCUAUGAGCUCUGGCUGGAGAGAGAGGUGUUCUCACAGCCCAUCUGCUGGGAGGAGCUGCUCCAGAAUCACUGAGCUCUUGUCAGCAAAGCAGCGGAUGGAGGUUGGCUCCAGUACUGUGCUUUGCCUGUACUGCCCACUCAGCCUUCAGACUGAACUCUAGGGGUGUGUGUCAAGGGCAGUUCCAGCCCAGCAUCCAGCAGAGACACCCAGCAUAAUUCAGGGCUAUUCUGGAUGCCAAUAGACUCGAAGGUGGUUGCAAGACUGGGAUCCUGAGCCAAAACAAAUGAAUCAACUUGCCCUAGGCUCAGCUAAGUACCUAGUUGGCCUUCACAUCUCCUGAUGGAUCAGUCCUGGACAGACUCUUGGAAACCUGCUUUAAUCUUGCCUAGAACCAGCUAGCCUUUGUCAGUCACAAUAGUGAAAGAAAGUUUGCUAUGGCAUUUGACCCACAACUUUCAUCUCCAGCAAGGGGAUAGAUAUAGACCAUAAAAUGAACCUUUUCUUCUUGCCCACUCAAAAUGCCUGGGACAUAGCAUUUAGCAAAACCAACUUUAGACUGUAUGUCACGUUUCAAAUGUUGAUGCUCCUCUUUAUAAAAUCAUCAUUGGUUCUAAGAUAGUUUGAGAGCACUGCAUCUUUAUAAAGGAUGACUGUUUCCAAAGCACUGCAUGUUCCAGACAGCUACUAUGUAGGGUUUUUUUUUCCUUAAGAGCUCUAUGUUUAAUGUAAAAAAUAUUUCAUGUGUAUUCUGUAGCACAUUGAAUGCUUUGUCAUUUGAAAAGAACCUCAACUAAUAUAAUAUGGCCUUCUCUAGGAAUAUCUUAGGUUUUUUACAAAGUAUUUCAGUUUUUUCCUAUGAAUGCCAGCUUUAUUACUCCUGUACCAUCUAUAGACAUAAAACCCAACAGCCCCCUGCCCCAAGAAGGAAGAUGAAAAAAACAUUAACGAAAAGAGCCCAUGCUGGGGAGUCAGAAAUCCUGUGACAUGCCAUCUCUGUGUGACACGCCAUCUCUGCGUUGGUACCCAGAAGAGAGUGUGAGACUCCUGAAGGCUUCCAAAGAUUCGGGGAGUCCAGAGUCAUUUUGAGAGGACUCCCUGGGGUUCUGCCUGGUGGUCCCUCUUGAUGUACAGUGGCAACAGCACAUUUUCCAAUUCUUGUGGGCCUUAGACAACUGCUUGAUUUUCAUCUCAUGACUUUUCCUGAAGAACCAAAUCCUGGUGUCUCCUUUUGUCAGUUUGAGUGAGUCAGCCUAGGCCUCCGAAGUCUCCUCCUUACGGUGGCAGCCUUUCUUGAAGUGCUUUUUUAGCUCCUGGAACUGCUCACAGGUCAACCAAGAGCAUUCAUCUCAGCAGGACAAACUUGGGGUUGUCGCUGAGAAUCCCGGUUACUUCAGUCUUGGCUGCCGCUCACUUGAGUUCUGUCCUUCAGUUUGAGCCUCUACUCUAGGAUUUUUCACUCUUUCAGUUUUUAAACAGCUGAAUACAGUGCAGAAAAUUACUGUCUAAUAGAAGCCCAAAUCUUCACCUGAGUGAGUGGAGGGGGGGGGGGCAGGAUCUGGCUGUGUAGCCCUGGCUAGGCCAGACCUUACUGUGUAGCCAGGCUGGCCUUGAACUUGGAGUGAUUCUCCUUCGUCUGUCUGCUGAGUGUCACCUCCAACAAAUUCAUUUUAAAUGAUUAUAGGAGGUUUUAUUUACUGAGACUUGUCCAUGUUUGCUGAUUUUUUUUUAAUGAGAAGCAACAGCACCAGUUUAAUUUUCUCUCCCAUGUUUAUUNUUUUUNNCCUUUUUUUUUUUUUUUUUUUUUAACUGCUAGCAGUUUCAGUGUGGUUUGUACUGAAAGUAUCACACAUUUCACGGAGGAUUCUCUAUUCCUCCUACAUAGAAAAAUCACAUUUUUAUCUUCUGCCUUUCAAUUUAAGUCAUUGAACUUUUUUAUUUUAAAGGUCUCCUCACUGCCCAGACACUACUGAAUCUUUUUAUGAUAGCACAAGGACACUUUAUUCCUAGAGAGCUGGUCCAGACUGGCUCAUUUACUCUUCCCUUUGUCAAGCACAGUCUCAUUUUAGGUCACUAUGGAGACCAAUAUUAUCCAAAGGAGCUAUCAGUACCUCUGUGCUUCGGGUAGCAGGGUUUCUUACUGUGGAAAAUGACAGAGAAUGUGCCGUAUGUAACAGAUGAAGUGUCUUAAAAUAAUUUGCAAAUCGUAUCAAAGCAUGACAACGGUCCUCACCUCAAACAGCUUACUGAGGGCAGCACAGGCACCUUUAGUCAUCUAGGGUCAGGCUACUAUGGUUUCAAUAUCUGAGUAAAAAGAUAAUUUUCCAGGAAAGACAAUCAUUACCAAUAUACUUUAAAGUUAUAUCAUAUUCAAUUCUAUAAAGAAAAAAACUAGUUGCCUUUUUAAAAACAUACAUAAAUGCUUUCUGAGGCACAGAAGUAUACUAAGCUUUAAUGUGUCAUAUUUUACUAUUUAUAACUCUUGAGAAUAUUAAUUCUCAAUGCAGAUGGAGAAACUAUUAUAUCUUGCAAAAAAGAAUGACUAAUUUAAAUCACAUCAUUUUCCCCGCAACUUACUGUGGCUAACUUUCUGGUCUCAACAGCGAGCCCUAUGUCUAAGAUAAGUGGGUUAGAUCUCCCAGUUUGAGAGAUGGCAUAUGUGGUUAGGAAUAGCUUCAGAUUAACCAACAUUUAAUGGAGAUUACAGUUUCCACAUAGAAGCAUGCUAUUUGUAUGAUUUAUAAGGACUUUCUUUGUAAAUUUCCGUGAAGUUUAUGUUGAUUAAUAAUAAUGUUCAUCUCACCAAACUCUUUAAUAAAAAGAAAUCCUGGACUUAAGAAA